CGGCCCUGUUACAGGAAGAUCUGUGCUCUGGAGCCAAGGAUUAUGAAAUCAUAGACUAUGUUCUUCCUGUAGAAACACUGAGAGGACCAUGUCAUCCUGGUCUUAAAACACAAGAAAGGACACAGUACUUCACCACUAUUUUCAACAAUGGCUUUAUUACCGGUGGUGUUGUUUCUGGUGUCUGUACUGCUUCCAUCUUUACCCACUGAAGGAAAGGAUCCAGCAUUUACUGCUUUAUUAACCACCCAAACACAAGUGCAAAGGGAGAUUGUAAAUAAACACAAUGAACUAAGGAAGGAAGUCUCUCCACCAGCCAGCAAUAUGCUAAAGAUGGAAUGGAACAAAGAAGCAACAACAAAUGCCCAAAAGUGGGCAAAUAAGUGCACUUUAGAACACAGUAAUGCAGAGGACCGAAAAACCAGUACAAAGUGUGGUGAGAAUCUCUAUAUGUCAAGUGAUCCUACUUCCUGGUCAGAUGCAAUCCAAAGCUGGUAUGAUGAGAGCCUAGAUUUUACCUAUGGUGUAGGACCAAAGAGUUCCAGUGCAGUCGUUGGACAUUAUACUCAGCUUGUGUGGUACUCAUCUUAUCGUGUUGGAUGUGGAAUUGCCUACUGUCCCAAUCAAGAAAGUCUAAAAUACUACUAUGUUUGCCAAUAUUGUCCUGCAGGCAAUAAUGUGAAUAAAAAGAAUACUCCUUAUCAACAAGGAACACCUUGUUCCAGUUGCCCUGGUAACUGUGACAAAGGACUAUGUACCAAUAGUUGUGAGUAUGAAGAUCUUCUUAGUAACUGUGAGUCCUUGAAGAAAACAGCUGGCUGCGAGCAUGAAUUGCUCCAGGAAAAGUGCAAGGCUACUUGCUUCUGUGAAAACAAAAUUUACUAACAUGCCUAGUGUGCACUGUGCAGGACUAUGUAAAGAAAACCUGAGUCAUUACUUGACAUACACCAGAGGAAAAUUAUAGGGAAAGUUAGGUACAAAUUUGAUUCCAAACAGCAAGGCAUCCUUCC